UCUGUUUACUGUGACAUGAGUACUGAUGGAGGAGGGUGGACGGCAAUACAAAGAAGACAGGACGGAUCUACAGACUUUUACCGGACUUGGCGAGAUUACAAACAAGGAUUUGGGGAUCCAUCUAUAAACUACUGGAUUGGAAGUGACGCAAUCCAAGAGAUGACAAAGAACAAGAACCAAGAACUCCGGUUUGAAUUUCAAAGUUUUGAUGGCGCUAAAGCAUACGCUCACUACUCUUCAUUUUAUGUCGGCAAUGAAGACAGUAAAUACAGUGUCACUGUCACUGUG